ACUACUAUAUUUUAAUUUUAUUUGAAAUUAAAUUUUUUUAUGAUAUUCUUAAACAUUUUGGAUUAUGUCACCUCAGGCCAUAAUUUAACUCGCUAUAUAUUGUUUAUUUACAUUUUUGGGUUUGGCCGCCAUAGCAGUAUUAGAUAAUAUUAAAUUGUACGCCGCCAUUCUUUUCAAAAGGAAUGAAUGAAAAUAAUUAAUUAAAUAUUUGUUUAACUGUGUUGCUAAAUAAGAUAGUGUUUAUUUAUAAACACAUCAAACUGGCAUAUAUUGUAGAAAGGAUGUAGACUGAACUAUGUUUUAUCAGAAUAAUCUCCCAGACAUGCGCGGUUACGCUGAAUAGAAGACUGGAAAAGCAAAGCAUCUUCAUAAAGACUACUUCCUGUCUUUUGCGAGUGGUGGCUGAUGUAUUUUAUAUGCUUCAAAAAUGGUGGAAAUAAGUACGAAAUGGGGCAUAAAUAGAAUUUUCAGCUUUUUGAAUCAUGACCGAGGCAUAUGAAGAUGGGAACUAUCUGGUUCGUGUUCGAGCACAGGUGAUGAUGCGCGACGACAGCACGGGUGGAUGGGUCCCCAUGGGGGGAGGGGGCCUAUCCAACGUGUCUGUCCGUAAACGCGCCCUACCUUCCAAUGACCGGGAGCGAGAAGAUAAGUGCAAGUUCGAGUACCUCAUCUUCGGCAAGAGGAUUGCCGACCAGACUGUGGUGUUGAGUUGCACCAUCAAGAAAGACUUUGAGUACAACAAGGUCAUGCCGACUUUCCACCACUGGAAAACUGGAGAGAAGAAGUUUGGCCUGACCUUCCAGACUGCCGCAGACGCCCGAGCAUUCGACAAGGGUGUCCGCAUGGCAGUGGAGGAGUUGUUGGAUGGUCUUUCUGGAUCUUCACAGCUUCAGAAAUACAACACAGAAUCAGGAGAUGAUGAUGUUUUUAUGACAUUGAACUUGCCAGUGGAACGUGAUGACUCCCGGUCAUCGUCGGACUCGUCAACUCGGGGCGGUCCGAGUCGACACACCACUCCCCCCACAGAGGCACAGCAUCUUCAUCGCAUCCAUUAUGUGGCACGGUGCGACCCAAGCCCGCCAGAGAAGAAAGAACAAGAAAACUACACAUAUGUACAGCUGACGGCAGUGAACGAGUACACUUACCCAGUCGUAGAGGAGCGUGACUCUGCCGGCAGCCUCAAGAAACGCACCGUAGACCCACCGCUGCAGCCUCCGCUGCCCACCAAGCCAUACCGCAAGAAGGAGCGAGUCCGCAUCACUUGUCGACACUGCCAGGAGCUCUACACGGAGGAAGAGAAUGUCCGUGGCAGUUGCGAAUACGCGCCAGACUGCGUUCGCACCGGCAUCAACGGAGUGACUUGCAUCACCUGCGCUGAGUGCAUGCUGUAUCACUGCAUGGCGGAUGCCGAGGGCGACUUUGCCCAGCAUCCGUGCGAGUGUACCGGCGCGGACGAGAACUGUGGUAGGCGGUGGCUAGGUCUGGCCCUUCUGUCAUUGCUGGUGCCCUGCUUGUGGUGCUAUCCCCCUCUCCGUGCUUGUCAUUGGUGUGGCGUUGCCUGCGGUGUUUGUGGCAGCCGCCACAGGCCUGCUUCCUAGCCCCCUGCCCCCUCGUGCCGCCGAUCGUAUUGUCUCUAUCCCCCACCAACCCGUUCAUCGUGUGAUGUUGCCUUACGUUAUAAACAGCAACUGUUGAUGACGAGAUUACAAUAAUGUCCCUUUUUGAACGUUCGCAACAAAACGACACCAUACAGUAUGAUUUCCACGCAGUGUUUCAUCGUCAUUUUGUAUCAUAUCGAGGACCAUAGAAUUUAGGAAAUGGCUGUACGUGAAGAAUAGCAUGUCUGUGCCGGCAAAAAGUGAUUGUAUUUUUCCAAGGGCUCAGGGGAGAAUACAAAGCGUUUUUUGAUAUAGGCACAGAAAGAGGGAGAAGGUAUGUUACCAGGAAUGGCCCAGCUCAGGGUGUUCUUGAAUCUUAACACCAAGAAAAGCUGUCAUCUGUUGAUUGUGCCAGUCACCAGGGUUUGCUAUGGACACUUAAUGAGGUUGAGUGCUGAAAAACCUGUUGCUAACUGAUUUUACACAAGUCAUUUAUUUCCGUAUGGAGUGCUCUCAACGAAAAGUGUAUUAAAUAAUAAUGCUUUUAUUUUUUAUUACAUAUAUAGAUAUUACCAUUGCUCUUUGUGUUUAAUAUUGUAAUGAUUUUUUUGUAGUUCUCUUGAUAUUACUGCUAUGUUGCACAGUGUGUGAAAAUUUGCCAUGUAAAAAUAUUUAUCUCUUUAUUGUAAGCACAUAACAGAACUUUCAAAAAUCUUAUUUCUCAGUCAUUUUUAUAUUCUGAAGAUUUUUACUCUACUUUUGCCACCUCUUGAGAAUAAGAAUUAUUGUUCCAAAAGUCAUUGAUAAAUUGUAUUGUCUGUUGAACGUGGGUAUUGCCAAACUAUUAAUGUAUGCAGAUAAUCUUGAUUGUGCAUCCACAAAAAUUAUUAAAAUUGUGGAAACAAUAACUUAAUCUUCAGUCGUCGUGAGAAGAAAGAAAUAGUAUCCACAGAGACAGCUGUGCUAGAUUGUCAUCGUUAAUGUAAUAUGGCUGUGUUCAAAGUGAAUUGCCCCAAAGUUAUGAUGUGGUAAAUUAGUAACUUAUUUAUUUAAUCAUUCGAUAAGAAAAGAGUGUACUACAUGAUUAUCAUAUCAUUAUUCCUAAAAUAGUUAUUGCUGGUGAAGAUAGGGGGAUUUUUUUUGUAAACCUAUAAGAAAAAUCCUUCUAUUCAAACAUGAGUAAUAAAAAUUUGUCAGAAA